AGCCUUUUGAAUGGACUGAUGUGUUCUAAGCCUGAAGACCCAGUAGAGUACUUGGAAAGUUGUUUACAGAAAGUAAAGGAACUAGGCGGCUGUGACAAGGUGAAAUGGGAUACAUUUGUCAGCCAGGAAAAGAAGACUUUACCUCCGCUCAAUGGAGGACAGUCACGGAGAUCCUUCCUAAGAUCUGUAAUGCCUGAAAAUUCAAACUUUCCGUAUCGGCGGUAUGAUCGGCUCCCUCCAAUCCAUCAAUUCUCCAUAGAAAGUGAUACAGACCUCUCCGAGACUGCAGAGUUAAUUGAAGAAUACGAGGUUUUUGAUCCUACUAGACCUCGGCCAAAAAUCAUUCUUGUCAUAGGUGGUCCAGGAAGUGGAAAGGGUACUCAAAGUUUGAAAAUUGCAGAACGUUAUGGAUUCCAGUACAUUUCAGUGGGAGAGUUAUUAAGAAAGAAGAUCCACAGUGCCAGCAGCAACAGGAAAUGGAGUCUCAUUGCCAAAAUAAUUACAACUGGAGAAUUGGCCCCACAGGAAACAACCAUUACAGAGAUAAAACAGAGAUUGAUGCAAAUUCCUGAUGAAGAGGGCAUUGUUAUUGAUGGAUUCCCAAGAGAUGUUGCCCAGGCUCUAUCUUUUGAGGACCAAAUCUGCACUCCCGACUUGGUGGUAUUCCUGGCUUGCACCAAUCAGAGGCUCAAAGAAAGAUUGCUGAAGCGAGCAGAGCAACAGGGCCGGCCUGAUGACAAUCUGAAAGCUACGCAAAGGAGACUAAUGAACUUCAAGCAGAACGCUGCUCCGCUGGUUAAAUACUUCCAGGAGAAGGGGCUCAUCAUGACGUUCGAUGCCGACCGAAACGAGGAUGAGGUGUUCUAUGACAUCAGCAUGGCGGUGGACAGCAAGUUAUUUCCGAACAAAGAGGCUGCAGCAAGUGCAGGUGACCUUGAUUCUCCGAUGAUGUUGGACUCUGGAGAGAUCAUUGACCCAGGAUCUGAUUAUGAAGAUCAGGGCGAUGACCAGUUAAAUGUAUUUGGAGAGGACCCCACCGGAGGUUUCAUGGAAGAUUUGAGGAAGUGUAAAAUUAUUUUCAUGAUUGGUGGCCCGGGCUCUGGCAAAGGCACGCAGUGUGCAAAGCUGGUGGAAAAAUACGGAUUCACACACCUCUCGACUGGUGAGCUCCUGCGUCACGAGCUGUCAUCAGACUCUGAAAGAAGCAAAUUGAUCAGAGACACCAUGGAACGUGGAGACCUGGUGCCCUCCGGCGUCCUUCUGGAGCUGCUGCGGGAGGCCAUGGCGGCCAGCCUCGGCCACACCACCGGCUUCCUGAUCGACGGCUACCCUCGGGAAGUGAAGCAAGGCGAAGAGUUCGGGCGCAGGGUAAGUGUCCUUUUGGGGAUUAUCCCAGGAGAGACGUGUGGGAUGUCACUGCGGUUGGGAGAUAAAUUCAAAAUAAAUGCGGAGGGGACACCAGAGGAAGUUUUUCUUCAACUCUGCACAGCUAUUGACUCUAUUUUCUGAAGACAAAAUGCAUGUAUGUUAAGGAGAGUGAAGACAGAGAAAUAUAUUAAAAGGUCUAUACCUUAAUUACGUUUCAGGUUAAACCUUUUGUGUCCCCUUCCAAUCCCAACAUUGCUGUUUGCUCCCCAGCUUGGCCCAUCGGAGGCGUCUGGAAACCAUGCAUGGUGUAUUUGCUAUCACCCAGCCUCUUCGUGAUCCAGACAGCUGUCCACUCACAGCACGCACACCUUCCUAUCAUACAGGCUGCACCUCAGAGCAGAGUUCAUGGACAGCAGUGCAGUGCCAGUCUGUCAGCUGUGCCCUCAGGACUUGUUAGAGUCUGAUCAUUUGGUUCUCCUCUCAUCAAAUAGGGAGUUAGCACCCCUAAAUUCCCCACUGUAUCUUCCUCCCCCCAAGUUGCCUGAUGAAGUCCCUGAAUUUGAGGGGGGGAAGGAGGUUUGCAAGCUGGGGCAUCUUCCUCUGGUAACUGUAGCUCAGAGCCAGAGAGAUUAGGUUGACAUGCCAAUUAUUAGAAAUCUGAUUCAAUUUGAAAAACAUAAAAAAUGUGAAACUGUACAAUUUUUCCAAGACAGCGAAACCCAGACUAGUCACCAAUAACAUGUCUCUACUCAUUUUUAUGAAACUGGCUACUUGGAAUACUGUCACAGUGGCGAAGAGCACUAACUGGAGAAAACUGGCCUCUCCUGUACCUGGUGGUGCAUUCUGGCAAUCAUACAUUAAUACCAAUGACUAAACGUAAUUUAAAAGCGUGAGGUGGUUUAUUAUUGCAUCCACUGGACUAAUGUCAACUUACAGUUUUGAUUUUAAAUGAUCACCUAUUUAUUUAAUACUGUUGCCAAACAA